AUGUUCAACCUCUCCUGGAUCUUGGGCCAUAGCAAGACGACUUACACAUCCCACAAGUCCCCCGCAACUCUGAAGACAAAAGCCGGAUCGAAGACCACACUGAACGAGCUCGCUGCCUCUUCCAUUCCACCAUGCCGCCUGAAUCCCUUUCUCUUCAAUGGCCAUCUGCAAACCAUGUACACAGCUGUCAAAGACCCCGGCCCACCCGUCUACUACAAACGACAAAUUUUCGACUCGGACCAUUCCAUCUACCCCGGCACAUUUGCCGUUGACUUUGCAGUAAACACUGCUGAAGACAAGGCAGACCAGCCAGACGAAAAGGACGAAUCACUCCCAGAGCGCACUACCAAUUUCACCCAAGAAGAAUGGGAAAACAUAGGCAGCCUGGACGAAAAGCCCAUGCUAAUAGCCCUCCACGGCCUAUCCGGCGGCUCCCACGAAGUCUACCUCCGUGAAACCCUCGCUCCUCUGAUAGCAUCCGGCUGGGCCGCCUGCGUGGUAAACGGCCGCGGCUGCGCCCUCUCGAAAAUCAGCACGCCCCGGCUUUUCAAUGCCCGUGCAACCUGGGAUCUCCGACAGACGGUGUUGGCACUCGGCAGUCUGUUCCCCAACCGCCCUUUGUACGGCGUAGGAUUCAGUCUCGGCGCCAACAUCCUGACCAACUACUGCGGCGAAGAAGGCGAGAAAUGUCUUCUCCGCGCCGCGGUAUCCUGUAGCAACCCCUGGAACCUCGAGGUAUGCAACACGGAGCUGCAGCGCACAUAUCUGGGUCUCCACAUCUACUCGCGCACCAUGGGCAACAAUCUCAUGGGCCUAUUCAAGCAGCACCGCGCGCAGAUUGAGCAGGUUCCCGGUCUCGAUGUCGAUGCUCUGCUCGCAAGCAAGUAUCUCCACGAGUUCGACCGCCACGUGCAGUGUCCGACGUGGGGGUAUCCGACAGAGGGCGCGUAUUACCGUGAUUCGCAGAGUGUGGAUGCGCUGCUGGCAAUUCGCAUCCCGUUUCUGGGUAUCAAUGCCGAAGACGACCCCAUUUCGAGCAAGGCUGGCUUGCCGUACCAGGAAAUCAUGCAGAACCCGCAUACGCUGCUGUGCACGACCGACUGGGGCGGUCACUUGGGCAGUUUCAUGCUGGGUAGCGGCAGAUGGUUUGCUAUUGCUACGUCUGAAUUCUUCAAGAAGUUCCAUAGCGAGCGAGGUAAAUGGGGGAGACGAGGGAGUGAAUAUGGGCGGCUUGCAGGGGAAGAAGUACCCAAUUUAUGA